CCAACACCAUUUUCCUUUACCCAAACACUUGAAACCACCAGAACCAUCUUCGUCGUAUUCUGGCACACGGUCAACGCUUUGCACAACCGCCAAAAUGCACAUUAGCUUCGUCCUCAACACCCUAAUCACUCUGGGCGCCGCUACGGCCGUGUCCGCGUCCGCGAUAGCUCCUCGGGCUAACCGCAAGGCCAACGAAUUCUCGAGCGGCAACUGCGCCCAGGGAACUGCCUCGUACGAGCAUGAGAGCAACUUCAACGUUGACGUCACGAUGGACGACACCAGCCACUCUGUCUACUUUGCCUCCGGGCCGUGGUUCUACUACGGCGGCAAGACCGGGAAUGGCGGCUCGUGCACCGGGGACCUCCUCGGAAGCUGGGCGAACGACGAGAAGAACCCGUGUGUGAACCUGGACAGAAGGGGUGACGACGGGCGUCGUAUCAAGUGUGUCAGGUGGAACAACGGUAGUUAGGUGCUCAAGCAAUCAAGUCAGACAUAAGAGGAUUUUGUGGGGAUAAGGAUGCGCUCAUUUGAGUUUAGUGCUUGUCAAGUCCUGCUGGACUCGUAACACUCAUUAUACACCACUUUGAAUCUAAACAAAUAAAC